GAUUAUUUUUAUCAAGGUACGAUACUGUAGCUGGUUAUCUCCGAGCGAGUUGCACUCUGUUCCAUCAAGACGCUCACUUUGAUUUGUCAGUUAUUGAGUCUUCAGCGCUGAUGCGAGACUAUAAAAUCAAACUUGUGAGGAAAAUCAUUUCUCGAGUUUUCAGAAUUUCUUUGUGAUCCUGGUGCCACACAUAAAACUAUAAGAAGUCUUGGAGAAAUAAGGAUUAACUAAACAGUCUACUUACACGAGCAACAAUGCAAUAUUUGCUUUGAAUGAAUUUCUUUUGAAAAACAUCAUCUUAGAAAUCGUAAUAUCUCCAAAAUGGAAGCAGAACCGAAUAGCAGGGCACAAAAUAAUUUGACAACCAAAAGAGAGGACUUCGAUGUUGUAAUUUCUCCACAAACGUUCCAAAAAUACAAGUCGUCAAUGAAGAGGAAAUCGAAUGGUUCAAAAGAAGCCGAUGCCCAAAAUUCAACAGCGAACGGAUCCAAUCAAACACAUUUGGGUGAAGAACCCUAUGUUUUGAAAGUCACUGCUGAAGAUUAUGAUCGUCUAAAGAAGAAAUAUACCAAGAAUAAAAAAUUUGUAAGACAAAAAUCUGGAGAACAACAGCCAUCUCGGUCCAAGAGUAAGUCACCUUCUUCUUUAAAACAGAGAGCAAGUCUCGAAGAUGAAACCAAGCGAGAAAAAUCUACAUCUCCACGAAAUUCAGGGGCAGGAUUUAAACUCAAUGGGAAGACCUCUCAAACCAAGUGUAUAGAAAAAACGUCAACACCUUCAAGAAACAGUCUUAAGCCUGAUAAUAAGCCUGUAUCGAGGAAAUCCUAUGAUGUUGCUGAUGUUAGAGCUAAGCCUGAGACUGGCAAUAAAUCAAGAUGGUCUGCUGGUAUGGUGAACAUUAAAAAUGUUGAUGAUGACAACUUUUUGGGUGCUUCUUCUUUGAAAAUCAACCAAGCUCCAGCCUCGUCAAAUAAAGAGAAUAGCCCUAGUUUGGAUGAGUCUUCGAGCGUGGAUGUUUCGGUCAAUCUGCAAGAGGAUAAAGGACGGCCAAAAGCAAGUCGGAUUCCAAAAUCACCAAAUAAACUGGAAGCUAAUGACCACAAGAAAGAGAAAACAAACAAAAGAAAUAGCUUUGAGAAAGUACAGCAGAAUAAAUCUCCAAGAUGUUCGUCUUCUAAAGAUCACAGUCCAUCAGAUAAAAAAACUGUGAGAGGUAAGAAUGGCAAAUACCCAAAUGAUAAAAAGAAUGCUAGCGAUACGAAUGGAAUAUUAGACAAAGUGAAUACUGAGCAUGAUAAAGUUGUUGAACAAGUUACCAACCAGAAAAAACAACAAAAAAUAUCAGAUAAAACGCAAAACAAUAAAGGUUUGGCCAAUAAGCUGUGUGACACUCAACAGAGUUCUACUCCAAAAAUGGAGGCGGGUCCAAUUGUCAUUGAAGAAAGCAAGAACAUAAAGUCCAAUAAUUGUUUGGAAAAAAAUGAAUUACAAAAUUGUAGUUAUUUGAAGUUGGAUGAUUUUGUGGGAGCAACAACUUGUGGAGAUACAAAUAAUAUACUGCCAAUGGAUGAGAAAAUAUUACCAGAGCACAUCGAAGAUCGUCUAAUAACACAUGUUGCCAAAGAGCUUGGAUUAGUAGAAAACGUGAUAGACUUUCCUUUUGUUACCAAGAGAAUAGAUAUGAAUUUAGCUCCAGAUGCUCUGCAACCGUCUGCAGACUUGGAUGACUGUCUGAGUAAUGAAAGGAAAUGUCAUGAUACUCUACCUAAAAAAGACUCAAACGAUAAUAAUUUCCUGACUUCUUAUCAAGUUGUACCGAGUACAAGUAAAACCAUUGAUGUUAAUUUGGAUCAAGAACAUCAGCAAGGAAAUGUUCUAUCUGUGGCAAUAAAAGGUACUAAGAAAACUACUCCAACUGCUCGCACUCCUAUUAUGCUGAAGACACCGAAACGAUUAAAAGAUGGAGAACUCAUGUCUGAAAUGCUAAUUUAUAAGCUAGGCUCUCAUUCAACACCAAGAAAAAUCAGGAAGAACAGAAACUUGGACUCUCUACGUAAAAGUGAUUGGGGAACACCAGCUACAGACCGCAUAACUACAACAUCCCUUAAGAGAAGCAUUUCGAAAAAAAUCAAAGGCAAAAUGUUUAUCAAGAAAACUUCAAAAGGUAUUCUUCAACCUAUCCCUGUCAGUAAACUUGUACCUAAAAAUAGCCCAAAAAGAGAACACCCUGAGAAACGAGUUCCAGCUGAUAGUGGUGAUGAGACUUAUAAAGUCACACGAGUUUCCGAUCUUAUCAAGAAAUUUGAAAACUUGGAGAAAGAGGAGGAAUCUGUAUCUACCCAGAGCAAAGUAGCUGUAACAUUCAAGAAAAGCGCAAUUCUUGAAAAAUGGCAAAAUGGUGUGAAAACUUUACAGCAGGGAUUGAAUGAGCUGAAAGAAGUCAAAAAGAAACUACCAGAUGCAGAUGUUCCAGGCAAAGAAACACAGGAGCCAUCAAUUGAAAUUCAUUUUAAAAAACCAAAUUCAACAAAUGAAAAAGAAAAAUCACCUACAACUAAUUCUGAUGUGAUCAACAAUAAUGAGAAUUUUAACAAUCUGACAAUUUUAAACUCCGACUGCAUUGAUAGUAUGUCUUUUGUUUCACUAAAAUUUGAUCAAAUAUACAGUGAUGAGUGUGCUGACCAAACGGUCAAAAAUAAUAUGAGAUUUAGUGACCUUUAUAAAGAGAUCAAUUUUCAACUAACCGACUCUGAGAAGAUCGAACCGAAUGAAAAUAAAGAGGAUGGAAACUCAAAUUUAGAAGCGGAUGCUUCAGAAAAUAACAAUUUAGAGUCUCCAGCUACUAGCAUUCCACAAGAUAAUGAUGGCCACGCUAAUGCUGACAAUCAGAUAAUCCCAAACAAUAACCAAGGACAAGAGAAAAUGUUUGAAGAAGGCACCGAUCUUUUGAAACAUUUGGAGGGUGAUAAUUCGGCGGAUGACAAGAAUCUCAAAGGUGAGGAGCAAAAGAUUGACAGGGAGCAAGAAACAAAUCAAACAACCAACAAUCAAGCAAUGGAUGUGUUCCGAGGAUUCGAAGAAGUGGUGGUAGCCGAAGGGCGGAUAGACACGACGGGAGAAGACCGGGCGUCACCCGCUUACGAAGUAGGCGCAGUUGACAUCAAGGAUGAAGAUUUCGGCGAAAUUUACAAACAGAAGCUGCUGAGUUUGGGCUCACAAGAAGAUGAUGGCGACGACACUUCCAUCUCUUCACUUCUCGCUCUUUCGCAGAAACUUUCCAAACAGCCGACUUCGUAUGCCGACUACCGGAAGCAGUUCAUGGAAGUCAAAAGUCGCUCACUUCCGCCACUUCACAAAAUCAACAGGUGCGAUACUGAUGAUCCAAAAAUGUCCCUAUAAUAAUCUAUUCAUUCGCUCAAGCAAUGGCAUUUAUGAAUUUAAAAAUAAUAUUUUCUCACUUUUUACAAAUUUGAUCUAUAUAUAUUUAUUUUUCUAUUGUUUACUAAUUAUUAUUG